ACUCUACACAUCAGUCUCACGCCGGCAGUUCAGUGGGAACCAUCAUCGCGUUCGAAGUUAGUGUCGUAUACCUAAUCCUGUGUGAACCGAAACUAGCAAGAUGAGUCCCUACUACGGAAUGUACGUAGUCCUGGGCCUAGUGUUCAAAAUACUGGAAACUGUUAUCAAAGUGUUGAAGCUAAAUUCGGUGGUAAAAGCAUUGGAAGCACAGUUUGGAAACUUCAUUAUCGGACUGAAUGAUAACCGCCCAAAAGAGGCUGCACCGAAGGAUAGUGUAAGCAAAACGGAGAUCGAACACCUAGCCAAGAUGGUUGAAUUCUGGUGGGAUACCAAAGGGCCAGCCAGAAUGUUGCACACAUUCUAUCAAGUGAGGGUUCCUUUGGUCUUGGAAGGCCUAGCCGACACUGGUCGCAUCGCAAAGGCGGACAUCACAAAACAAGACGCACUGAAGGGUGUUCGGAUUCUGGAAGCCGGUUGCGGUGGAGGCGUUCUGGCGGAAGACCUAGCCCGACUCGGGGCGUACGUCGUUGGUGUCGACCCAGGAAAGGAAAUGAUCGAUCUGGCCAAGACACAUCUGGACACCAAAUCCAGCGAGUUGAAAAAUCUUAUCGAAUACCACGACAUUACAGUGGAAGAGCACGUGAAGAAGUUUGCCGGUACAUAUGAUGCCAUCGUAUGCUCAGAAGUCAUGGAACACGUAGAUGAGAAGGAAUCAAUCUUGGCAGCGUGCUGCCGCUGCUUGAAGCCUGGUGGAUCAUUGUUCGUUACUACCGAGAAUCAAACCAUGUUGGCGUGGUUCGUUUUCAUCAUAAUCCCGGAGUACAUUCUCAAGUUUAUCCCGAAAGGAACGCAUUUCUACGAAAAAUUUGUCUCACCGCAUGUGAUUUCCAAGAUUGCCAGCAAAUAUGGAUGCAAGACACGCAGCGUCCGAGGGUUCUUCUACGACCGAUUGUACAAUUCGUGGAAUUUUAUCGACAACGACGACUGUAACUAUGGACUGCAUGCAGUGAAAGAGUAAUGGACUUAGAAUAACUUUUUUUUGGGACGGACAGGAAUACCUCCAUAGUACAUUUAAAUAAUAAAACACCUAUAUUUCAUUCGCAUGAUUCAGUGACAAUUAUUCAGACAAUACCAUUCAUUCAACCGCUAUAUACGAUCAUUCGAGAAAGUCUUUUAGUUAGUUUGCUUAGCCAAAAGUGCGUUAGCUUCUGAAUUUCAUUUAAAAAUAUACAAUACACGUCAACUAUUGUUCAGAUAAAUUACUGAUUCGAUAAAAAGUUGCUUGAAAAUAUAAAGAUCUUUAAAUACGUAAGAAUAGUUCAGACAGAAAGAGGAAUAGUUAAACUGAGGCAGAUACAGUAAAGAUACUCGCUAUCAAAUGACAACCCAGUGUUAGCAUUUUGUGCGAGUUUCAUCAGA